AAAAGAAUGAAAUACAAAAUGAAAAUAAUGAUAUCAUUGAUUUUACUGUAUCUAUGGGCCUUGCACACAAAGUAUUAUUUCAGCUCAAAGAAACUACGGAUGAUGAUGUAUAAGUGCUGGUCUCCUAAAAAUAAAACAGAAUUGCAUCUAUCUGAUUGGUUUAAUCCCAGACUGAAUUUCACAGAUAAGAACUUGAGUGUUACUGAAUGGUCAGCUCCAGUUGUGUGGCAUGGUACUUACAAUGAGUCAGUCUUGGAAAAUUAUUAUGCAAAUCGUAAAAUUACUGUGGGAUUGACUGUAUUUGCUGUGGGAAGAUACCUUCAGUUCUAUUUGCACAGUUUUUUGUCAUCUGAUAAGUUUUUCAUGGUCGACCAGAAAGUCAUCUUUUAUGUCAUGGUAGAUAAUUUUUCCACUAUUCGUUGGAUGCCUCUGAGCCGCCUCCACACAUUCAAAAUCUUUAAAAUUAAACGAGAAGAGAGAUGGCAAGAUAUCAGUAUGAUGCGCAUGAAGAUCAUCAGUGAACAUAUUGUGGAUCACAUCCAGAAUGAAGUUGACUUCCUUUUCUGCAUGGAUGUAGAUCAAAUCUUCAGAGGAAAAUAUGGUUUGGAGACUCUGGGAGAGUCAGUAGCUCAGUUACAUACUUACUGGUAUAAGGCAAAUUCUACAGUGUUGCCUUAUGAGAGAAGUCAGUUAUCAGAAGCUUAUAUACCUAUGGGUGAGGGAGAUUUUUAUUACCAUGCUGCUGUUUUUGGUGGUACUCCCAUUCAGGUUCUCAAUAUUGCCAGGGAAUGCUCCAAAGGAAUCAUGAAUGACAAGAAAAAUAACAUUGAAGCAGUGUGGCAUGAUGAAAGCCACUUAAACAAAUAUUUCUUUCUCCAUAAACCCACUAAAAUCUUAUCACCAGAAUACUGCUGGGAUUUAUAUCAAAAAAGUACUCCUGAUAUUAAAAACAUUAAACUCUCUUGGGAUAUUAAGAAUUAUGAACUUCUUAGAGUGAAUGAUUAA